AUGUUGGGGUGCAAAGUUUUGCUCUGUUCUGCUUCGUCUUUUGGUGGUCUUGAUAAAUUUAGAGACGCUCUCAACCGAUGCCAGUCGUUGGCAGAUUUUAUUGCUGAUGUAUCUGGGGAUCUACUACAACAUGCAGACAACCUACAAAAGAACGAACAAAAUGGAGAGAAAGGUGAUCACAGUGGCACUGUCACAGUAGUUAUAGGGGAUGAAGACGCGAAGGAGUUGUCCCGAAAAGCUUUAUUGAGGAAGCGGUGUCGUUUGUUGUGGUUCAAUCAUCAAAGCGGACGAAAGCUUAGAAUUAAUGUGCAAGAGCACCCGCCUUGCUCUACAGGGAAAGACGUGUGGUGUGCUUUGUGUGGAAAUGUGAAGCAUAAUGAGGACAAAUGGCGUGGAAGGCGGACUGGUAUUAAGCGCGGGACAUGUCAUGUACAUUUAUGUACAAAGACGCAUACAGGACAGAGAGUGAGUUGCUGGAAUAUUUGGCAUAAUACAAUGACUCUUACCCCUCGUGCGACGAGUCCCCACAAAAACAGGUUUGGUAAUUCGUCCCGGCAUUCUACUACACCUGAUCAGAGUGAAGCCAGGCGCCCUGAGAUUCCGAGCCUAAACGUUGAGUCACUCCCUCCCAGUGAGAAUGAAAACCGGGAAGCCACAGCGUCAGCGAGGACUAGCCUCAGGAAGAGGAGGAGACGUACGUAG